AUGGCCGAGUGGUCUAAGGCCUCAGACUCAAGUGUCGCACCUACCAUUGCUUUGAGCAGCGUUGGCAGUGUCGCACCUACCAUUGCUUUGAGCAGCGUUGGCAGUGUCGCACCUACCAUUGCUUUGAGCAGCGUUGGCAGUGUCGCACCUACCAUUGCUUUGAGCAGCGUUGGCAGUGUCGCACCUACCAUUGCUUUGAGCGGCGUUGGCAGUGUCGCACCUACCAUUGCUUUAAGCAGCGCUGGCAGUAUCGCGCCUACCAUUGCUUUGAGCCGCGUUGGCAGUAUCGCACCUACCAUUGCUUUGAGCGGCGUUGGCAGUAUCGCGUCUACCAUUGCUUUGAGCCGCGUUGGCAGUGUCGCACCUACCAUUGCUUUGAGCGGCGUUGGCAGUAUCGCGCCUACCAUUACUUUGAGCCGCGUUGGCAGUGUCGCACCUACCAUUGCUUUGAGCGGCGUUGGCAGUAUCGCGCCUACCACUGCUUUGAGCCGCGUUGGCAGUGUCGCACCUACCAUUGCUUUGAGCGGCGUUGGCAGUAUCGCGCCUACCAUUGCUUUGAGCCGCGUUGGCAGUGUCACACCUACCAUUGCUUUGAGCCGCGUUGGCAGUGUCGCACUUACAAUUGCUUUGAGCGGCGUUGGCAGUGUCGCACCUACCAUUGCUUUGAGCGGCGUUGGCAGUGUCACACCUACCAUUGCUUUGAGCCGCGUUGGCAGUAUCGCACCUACCACUGCUUUGAGCCGCGUUGGCAGUGUCACAUCUUCCAUUGCUUUGAGCCGCGUUGGCAGUGUCGCACCUACAAUUGCUUUGAGCAGCGUUGCCAGUAUCGCGCCUACCAUUGCUAUGAGCCGCGUUGGCAGUAUUGUACCUUACAUUUCUAUGAGCCGCGUUGACAGUGUAACACCUACCAUUGCUUUGAGCAGCGUUGGCAGUGUCGCACCUACCACUGCUUUGAGCCGCGUUGGAAGUGUCGCACCUACCAUUGCUUUGAGCUGCGUUGGCAGUGUCGCACCUACCAUUGCUUUAAGCAGCGCUGGCAGUAUCGCGCCUACAAAUGCUAUGAGCCGCGAUGGCAGUAUUGCACCUACCAUUGCUUUGAGCCGCGUUGGCAGUGUCGCACCUACCAUUGCUAUGAGCCACGUUGGUGGUAUCGGGCCUACCAUUGCUAUGAGCCGCGCGGGCCGUGUUAAUGAGCCACGUUGGCCGUGUAAAUGA